GCCACCACGGAGUUGGUGGAGAGUUUAACCUCUGGUGUCAUCUGGUGACAUAAACAGAAGAUGAUCUUCUGGAUCCUGCUGCUCUUCAUCCUGACCUCCUCUUCCUCUGGAUCAUUUGUAGUGAAUGUGACACAGAGCUCCUAUCAGGCAGAGGAGAACCACAACAUCACACUGGAAUGGACGUUCACCACCAACACUCAACGCUCCUCCAACUUCAUUUAUAUCUUCUGUCUACUGAUAACUGAUGUCAGACCCUCAGUCCUGUUUCACAUACAUGAAGGUGUGGAGGUUCCAGAGUCUCAGGAUGAACAGUUUGCAGGACGAGUCCAGUGGGACAAAGACGUCCUCAGAGAAGGACGACUCAGACUUCAUGUGUCCAGACUCAGGACUGCUGACUCGGGUCUGUACCUGUGUGACGUGUUCACAAGAGAUGGGAAGAACUCUAGACAAUGUCACCUCAAUGUCACUGCAGAGAGGGAUCGGCCUGAACCUGAGACACAAAGCGCAACAAAUCUGAGAAGAGAUCCUUCACAACCAGAGAGUCAGGGAUGGAUCGGACUCUACUGUGUACUGGGACUGACAGCAGCUGUACUACACAUUCCAGGCUCCUUCAUCUCUAUUCAGCCUUCUUGUCAUCCUCCACCUGUCCACCAGGUGUCCUCAGACCCUCCUCUUCCUGAUCACCUGACUUUCACCUCCACCUGCUCACCUGUGUCCUAUUUUACAAUCACCCAUUUAAGUACAUGUACCAGAGCCUUUCCCCCAGUUUGUCUGUGUUGCAUUGAGUCCAUGAACCAGGACCAGGACCAGGACCAGGACCAGGACCUUUAUCCGUCUGACUUUGACUUUGGGAAGGAGGGUGAGUGGAAAGAAGGAGGGAAGAAGUCGGCAUAUCGUAAGAGAAGGAAGAAAGAUGAAACAAGUUUGGGUGAAUCUGAGAGUGAAGAAGAGGAAGAGGAGGGUGGAGAUCAGAGGGAGUCUAAAGUGGUAAAAGUGGGAGAGCAGAGGCCCAAUGAUGGAAAUGGAUGCGUGCUGCUGAAGCAGGAGGAGAAGACUGUCUCCAAACACCACACCUAA